AUGGGGGAGUGCGGGGUGCCCGCGGGGGUCCAGCUGCUGCUCCGCGCCUGCGAGCAGGGCGACUGCGAGAGCGCGCGGCGGCUGCUGGGGCCGCCGGCGGCCGCGGAGGAGGAGGCGGCGGCCGGGGCGGCGGAGUCCGGCAGCUGCGCGCCGGCCGGGGCCGGGGUCGGGGCCGCGGCGGACGCCCCUCCCGGCUCGGUGCCCGUGGACGGCACGGACGAGGCGGGCAACACGGGGCUGCAGUUUGCGGCGGCCGGCGGGCACGAGGAGCUGGUGGGCUUCCUGCUCCGCCGGGGGGCCUCGGUGCAGAGCCGGAACCACUGCGGCUGGAGCCCGCUGAUGCAAGCGGCCAGGUUUGGACAUCUAAAUGUGGCUCGCAUCUUGCUGGAAAACGGUGCUGACCUUCAUGCACAGAGUAAAUUGGGAGCCAGUGUCCUCACCGUGGCCUCUCGGGGAGGCCAUAUCAGUGUGGUCAAGUUGCUGCUGGAGUCUGGAGCAAACGUAGACAAUUACGACCCCCUGAGUGCUAGCCUGGACAACAGUAAGGAGGAACUGCCAGCCAUCACGCCCCUCAUGGCAGCUGUCCAGCACGGGCACGAAGCAGUGGUCCACCUUCUGCUAGACUGGGGUGCUGAUUGUAAUUACACGGUGAAGCCCAUGGGCUGGACUCCCCUGAUGCUGGCUGCCGUCAGCGGACGAGUGAGUCUGGCCCAGCAGCUUAUGAACAAAGGAGCCUGCCCGGAUCAUCUGAACAUGCUGCACAAAACGCCAUAUGAAAUAGCUGUGGACAUCAAGCAUGAAGAUAUGAAAAACUAUCUGGCACCUUUAACAACAGUUAGACCCCAGACAGAUAAACAGAAGAGGCAACCUGACAUAUUCCAUGCUCUGAAAAUGGGGAACUUCCAGUUGGUUAAAGAGAUUAUUGAUGAUGACCCAGCACAAGCCAAUGUUGUUAAUGAUGAUGGUGCUUCUCCACUGAUGAUAGCAGCUGUAACUGGGCAGUUGUCCCUUGUACAGCUCCUUGUUGCAAGAAAUGUGGAUAUUGACAAACAAGAUAAUGUCCAUGGCUGGACAGCACUAAUGCAAGCCACAUAUCAUGGAAAUAAAGAAGUCGUUAAGUAUUUAUUAAAUCAAGGAGCUGAUGUCAACCUGCGUGCUAAAAAUGGAUACACGGCCUUUGACCUGAUAAUGCUGCUGAGUGACCAAGAUGCAGAACUUGUCCGAUUGCUAGCAUCCGCCUGCAUGCAAGUCGACAAAGAAAGAAGCAAGCAGAGCAGCAAGGCAUCGGUGUCCUCUUCCCGAAGCAAACCAUCUGUCGAUAUCCCGAUGUUGCCUGAUGACAAGGGAGGGUUGAAGUCAUGGUGGAGCAGGAUGUCCAAUCGAUUUCGCAAGUUGAAGUUGACCCAAACUUUCAAUCAUGGAUUUGCCAUAAAUCCAUCUGUGCCUUUUCCUGAAGAGUCAAUCUCACCUUUUGAAUGUACAAUGAAGGCCACAUUACAAAGUGAUAACUCUGUAAAGCAUGAUGCUACUACAACUUGGGCAACAAAGAGCAAGUCCAAUGGAAUAGGAAGUACCAAGGCAGGAAAGGAUGAUGAAUUAUUGACAACAGUGUUAAGAAGCGGAGCUCCUUUUACAAGACUGCCUAAUGACAAACUGAAAGCUGUUAUUCCCCCUUUCUUGCCUCCUUCAAGUUUUGAGCUGUGGAAUUCUGACAGGACGCCAACAAACAAAGAUGGCGGCAGUGAGCAGACCCGGCUUGGCCACCCGCACAGAACUACCAGUCCUGACGGCAAUGGCAGUGGGAGUUCUGACAAAGCAUCUUUGAAUAGAGGUUCUAGACCUAUUAAACUGUCAACCUUUGCAAGAAGACCACCUACUCCCUCCAAUUCAAUCAACUUCAACCACUCUCCCCACUCCUCUGGUGGAUCCAACAGUAUAGGAGUUAGCAGGCAUGGUGGAGAAAUGAAUAACAAAUCAGGUGGUAGUGCCGAUAGUGUUUUGUCUCAAAUUGCAGCUCAAAGGAAGAAAGCUGCUGGUAUACCUGAACCGAAGCUAAGCCAACAGCAAAUACCGGUCGUCUCUGCUCCUUCACCCUCUCCUCCUGAAGUGGAAAAUACACAAAUCAUUGGCAAUGGAUCCAUUCUAAAGAAAUUGGAUGGGAACAAAAGUCCUCCCUCUGAGAAUUCUUCCACAUCUAAGAGCACGUCCCCAACUCUCACACCAUCACCAUCACCGUCCCUGUCGCCCAAGGUCCAAAGUGCCGAGUCCUCUCUCUCCUCCUCUCAUAGACAAGGGAGAAGUAGCGGUGGUUCCAGCAGUGGGACUCUGACGGAUGAAGAUGAACUCACUGGCAUCCUUAAAAAGCUUUCACUUGAGAAGUAUCAACCUAUUUUUGAGGAGCAAGAGGUGGAUAUGGAAGCUUUCCUUACCCUUACGGAUGGCGAUCUGAAGGAACUGGGCAUCAAAACAGAUGGUUCGAGACAACAAAUCCUGGCAGCUAUUUCUGAGCUGAAUGCAGGAAAGGGACGAGAGAGAAAAAUUUUACAGGAGACCAUACAUAACUUUCACUCUUCCUUUGAAAGCAGUGUUAGCAACACAAGUCCUGGGAAACCACAGUCACCUGGAUGCUGGAUAAGGCCACAUGAACCUUCUUCUACUAAGAGGUAGUCUUUGAACUAAGAUGAUCUACUCUCAUGAAAUCUGGAGUGCAGAUGACUAAAUCCAAGCAUCCUGAAGAGGUAGUAUCAAGCAGGCCUUUGCAACAACCACCCAACAGUACAACAAAAAUAAUAAAAUUAACAAGAUCUUCUUGCAGAAUGUGCACGGAAGAUGCUGUGUUAUUAAUGUUACACCCUUUCUUCUACACUUGGCUUUAAUGAUGUUCUUCGUUGAGAUGAAGUUAAUUACACAUGUAAGCCGUUUGAUAGUUUGAAGGCUGUGGAAGAUUGUCAGAAGUGAAAAGUAAUACAAGAAGACGUAGAGAUCAUUUUAUGGAAUUGCAGGAUGAAAAUCUUACACAACCUGUGUGGGCACAGCGAAGAAAAAGAGCACUGAGGAAUGACUCACCCAAGUGUCUACAACCUAUUGGAGUCUGUGAAUUGAUUAUGUAUAAUAUGAUAAUAGAACAAAGAGAAGUAUCUAAAUUUAAAAGAAACGGCAGUGGUUUUGUGAAAAAAAUUCAAGUGCACUGAGGCCUAUUAUGAUGCUAUUGAAUUCUGUCUGAGGCGUGUUGCUCAUUCGGGAGCAAAUACAAUUGAUAUUGAUGAACAUUUAAAUCGUUUUGUUCUAAUUGAAGGCAACUUGUAUUUGGAACCAAUCUGUUUUGUUCAGGCCUGGAAUGUAAUAUCUGAGGGCACACAGCUUGAUAUACAUUAUUCAUAACAUUGGAGGCAAAGAACAGGGGUCCAAUGUGGCUUAAGGCUAAAAUAUUGCCCAGGUUUCUUGGAGGAAGGAUAAUGACAAUAAUGCAAUAUUGUGCACCUAUGCAAGGCCUCUAAUAUCUCUGACUACCAGAUUUGCCCUGCCAGCAACAGAUCCACAGAAGGCCCAAAAGAGUUAAAGUCACAUUUUAGAGAAUACUUCUGAUAGUAAAUUAGGAAAGAAGAGCAGUCUAUAGAGGAAGCGUGCCUAGGAAUGGCUGCAUGUGAAUUUUGCAAUUUCAGUGAAUGACAGGAUAGUAACAUUCCAACCUACUUGAAGGAGAGUUACAUUUGUGCAAAAAAAUAAAAUAAAAAAAAAUUGAGGGCUGCAGCAUUGUGGAACCAAACAGGUACAAAAUUUAACCAAUUGCUUGGAUGGUACUUGUAACAGCAGUAAAUUAUUUCUAACAACAACAUCCUCACAGCCAAAGUAGUAAGAUGGAUGCUUUGUCAGUUACAAAUGGUUUGGGAAGCUGAAGAGCUUGAACAGGGUGAUAGCAGUGGUAGGAGGAACCUAUGAAUUUUGAUUGACCGCUGAUGUUAAUUUAUGUUUGAAGACCUCAUUCAGCAUCAUGGAUGGCAGUCAGUAUUUGCUCUCCAUGCUUGACACAGGUUCUGUGGAAAGAGGUCUGUUUCCCACUGCCCUCUGAAAACAAGUAGCAAUUGAAAUGGCUGGCAUUAGCAGAAUAUCUAAAAAUACAGGAUGUGCCAAGGGAAAAGUUAUUUUGCUCAAUUAUUCCUUAUUGUUAUAUUCUUUUAUAUUCUUUCCCACAUUUCCAUCUGUUACAGGUGACAGUCCUCCUAUAACCAUUCCGUAGGGUCAAUUCUAAUAUUGUAGCUGCCACUCCAUAGAGGUUGCUAUAAAAUGCAAGAGCAGCUAACCACAUAAAUUCUCCCAACAUGCACGAAGAGCUGCUCUUACAUAUGAGGGCCACUU